GGGGCGGGGCCUGCGGGAAGAUAGACAUGGGCUGUCGCGGCUUGGGGAGGGGCGUGGCCCAAGGGGCGGGACCUCGGGUGGCCCGAAGUGGCCCGGCUGCUGGGUUGGAAGCGGCGUAAUCCGACUCAUCCCGGCCCCGGGAUGGCGUCCCCACGGGAAUUGACCCAGAACCCCCUGAAGAAGAUCUGGAUGCCAUACAGCAAUGGGCGGCCCGCUCUGCACGCUUGCCAGCGCGGUGUGUGCAUGACCAACUGCCCAACGCUCAUUGUCAUGGUGGGCCUGCCCGCCAGGGGCAAGACCUACAUCUCCAAGAAGCUCACUCGAUACCUGAACUGGAUUGGUGUGCCUACUCGGGAGUUCAAUGUUGGCCAGUAUCGCCGGAACAUGGUCAAGACCUACAAAUCUUUUGAAUUUUUUCUCCCCGACAAUGAAGAGGGCCUGAAAAUCAGGAAAUGAGGAAACUGAGGCUCGGACAGGCCAGGAGUCUCACACAAAAUAGCAAGUUUACGUCAGCACCCAGACUUGAAUCUAAGCCCAUCUACUGCUAAAAAGUGUCCAUCAUUCCAAUAUUCCUCAAUAGGCAGUGUGCCCUGGCAGCUCUCCGUGACGUCCGGCGAUUCCUUAGUGAGGAGGGGGGACAUGUGGCGGUUUUUGAUGCCACAAACACCACCCGAGAACGGAGAGCGACCAUCUUUAAUUUUGGAGAACAGAAUGGCUACAAGACCUUUUUUGUCGAGUCCAUCUGUGUGGAUCCUGAGGUCAUAGCUGCCAACAUCGUGCAAGUGAAACUGGGCAGCCCUGACUAUGUUAACCGCGACAGUGACGAGGCUACCGAGGACUUCAUGAGGCGCAUUGAGUGCUAUGAGAACUCCUACGAGUCGCUAGAUGAGGACCUGGAUAGGGACCUGUCCUAUAUCAAGAUCAUGGAUGUGGGUCAGAGCUACGUGGUGAACCGUGUAGCUGACCACAUCCAGAGCCGCAUCGUAUAUUACCUCAUGAACAUCCACGUGACCCCCCGCUCCAUCUACCUCUGCCGGCACGGGGAGAGUGAGCUCAACCUCAAGGGCCGGAUUGGCGGGGACCCAGGACUGUCCCCCCGGGGCAGGGAGUUUGCCAAGAGUCUGGCCCAGUUCAUCAGUGACCAGAAUAUCAAGGAUCUGAAGGUCUGGACAAGCCAGAUGAAGAGGACAAUCCAGACGGCUGAGGCGCUAGGUGUGCCCUAUGAACAGUGGAAGGUCCUCAACGAGAUUGACGCGGGCGUCUGUGAGGAAAUGACCUAUGAGGAAAUUCAGGAUAAUUAUCCACUGGAGUUCGCCCUGCGGGACCAGGACAAGUACCGGUACCGGUACCCUAAAGGGGAGUCCUACGAGGACCUGGUCCAGAGACUGGAGCCUGUCAUCAUGGAGCUGGAGAGGCAAGAGAAUGUGCUGGUCAUCUGCCACCAGGCUGUGAUGCGCUGCCUGCUGGCCUACUUCCUCGACAAGGCAGCAGAACAGCUGCCCUACCUCAAGUGUCCACUGCACACAGUCCUGAAGCUGACCCCUGUGGCAUACGGUUGUAAAGUGGAGUCCAUAUUCCUGAAUGUGGCCGCUGUGAACACGCACCGGGACAGGCCUCAGAACGUGGACAUCUCAAGACCUCCAGAGGAAGCCCUUGUCACGGUGCCUGCUCACCAGUGACCACGUUCAUCCACUGUGACCACUAGGCAGGCACUGGUCUCUGCAGAGGGGGUCAUUCCAGGCCCUCCAGUGUGUGUGACAGUCACCGUGCCAUGCAGGGAUAUUCUUGAAGCCACAUAUGGCUGGCGGAACCCAGAACCCCCGCCCCAGCGCACCUGGCUCUUUGUUGACAGUCGGCAACAAGGUUGUGCAUGGCUCCUGACCUGCUGCUAAGAGUCACUUGACCAGACUGCAUCUGCAUGGGCUGUGCGGAGGUUGCCCAGCCCCAGGUUCUUCCGGCGCAGCUCUUAGGUGUUCACUCUCGCCAGCUCAGUUGGCUUUGUGAAGUGUGAAACCCUACAAUGUGAAAGGAAAGUGCUUGCUGUGAUGUUCCUACUGUGGCCCAGCUGCCCAGCGUGGACCUGGUGACUCUCCGCAGGGCCUCUACCAUCCUCUCUGUGGCCACUGCCUGAGCCAGAGGCCAGGUGUUCAUGGGGCCCUGAGCUUCUGCUGCCUCUGGUAAGAGGGAGAGCCCUUCCCAUCCUUACCCACCAGGAACUAGAGCCCCAACCACAGCAGAUGCUUCCCAGGCAGCCACUGGCCAGGCCCUUGUAUCCAUGUCACCCUUAUUUGCAGGCAUUCAUGGAAGCAAUGCGCUUGCUUCGGCACAUUGCAAUGCACAGAAAUGUGCAGGCAGGGGGGCAGUUGUGGUCGCCCCUCCCCUGUUGUGCAUGUACCCGGCUACUUAGGUAUGCUUAGGGGAGCUGGUGGCCAGGGAUGCCCCUUCAGGCCUGCUCUCACAGUAAAACCACCUCAAGACAGGGUAGGCAUACGAGUUCCCUUCCUGGUGCACACACCGAAGUGCUCGAGGGAGAGGCUGCCGCCCCCUCUCCCCUUCCCUGGCUGUGAACACUGGCAGCCGAUGGGGAGGUGGCCUCUCACCUGUUGCUGCCUGUGUCCACACAGGAAUGUACACUGGUGGCAGAGACAUGCAUUUGCCAUAAAUGAUUCAGAAACACUUGUAUGGUCCUGUAAAACUUUUCUGGUGUUUUUUGACUUCUGCCUGUGGGCCUGAGGAAGGGAGAAGGCAGACCCAUAGGCAGUCCCUGGGCAAGGGAGGAUUUUCCCAGCUGCAGCACAGCUUUCCAUUCAUGUGCAUGUGAGUCUGGUGAAAAUGGCCUUGUGUAGUCCAGUGUCUGUCAUGCCCCUGAGUUCUUGUGGUCCCAGAGAGGCAGCCUGGGCAGUCUGUUUACAGCUGGCAAACACUGGCUGGCAAGUUGUGGUGCUGGGUCAGAAAGUGUCUGGACUGGUAAUCGGGUGCCCUGCUGUCCACAGGUGGACUCUGGGGAAGCCAGGCCCCUGGAUCCCAAGUCCUUUGUGUCUGGAGCCUUACCUGGCCUGUGCCUGGAACAUAGCACAUCUUUCCAGCCUCCCAGGGCUUUGCAGCCUGCAGAUGCCACCUGCCCCUGAGAGAAGUUAGCAUCCCUGGCCCUGGCUGGUGGUCUCUCAUCCUUGUGUGCUGCUCUCCUAAGAGAUGUCCAAGGCGGAGCAGGGGCAGGAUCCUCCUUCCACACUCAUCUGUCAGAGCCCCAAACCCUUUAGACCCACAGCCCAAGGACCAUGCCACUCCCUUUGGGGCAUGGGGACUGCAGCCUUUGCUUCUGUGUCUUUUGGAGUUUCGGUGACUUUUGUCACCUGGACACACUCAAUUGUUAGCCAUAGUGGGUCCCCUUGGUCAGCAACAGUGCAUGUACCUCUGGAUGUCACCUGAGGUGAGACCACCGAGGCCUUUUCUCUCUGUGUACAGAGGGGAGUUAGGAGCUGCUGGACUGGAUGCAUUACAAGGACUGGGGACACGGCAGAGGGACAUCCAGGGAUCAGGGCAUGAGUGGGGGCAGCCCCCCGGCCUCUGCCCUGGCAUGGUCUCCACAUGGGCUGUGGCAUGGCUGAUUGGCUGCCACAUUUCGGCCAUGUGGGCUGGUGUGCCCAUGUUGCAGGUAUUUUCCCGAGUUCCCCAGAAUGGAUGGUAUCGAAUCUCAGCCACAUGCAACACUGUGUCCAGCAUUCUUUGCAAUAAAUACUUUUUAAAAUAUAAUCUCAGGUUGUAUUUGA